AUGCGUCCAAAAACCUCGUUUUUCUGGGGAUUCCUUUGUAUAUUUGGAGCCGUCUGCUUAUUCGCUUUGAGCUACUCUACUUAUUACAAAAGCGUAGGGAUGAGCCUAAAUUUAGUGAUGCAGAACUCUGCGAUUUUAGAACUCUUCUGUUCACCCAAAUAUUGGAAUCAUUGUGGUUCUUACAAAUAGAACUGACCCGAAAGAUUACGAAGUGGGAAUCAGUAAGAGCACUUUACAGAUGAGAGACGCAGAAGGCUUAUUUCAGAGAGUGUCGAAUGCUAUGCACGCGCUCAGAACUACUCAUUUCUCCUAGUUGAUGACUCGGAUUAUGAUUGCCCGCAGCGAGAUGUACGUUUCAGUGUCCGUCUCAUUUCCUCACUUGUUCAUUUCCAGAAGUUUUUCCGUCGUCACUGCGUUGUCGCAAAGAUUCUGCCCCGCUUCGACGCUGUACUUUUUAUAGAUGCAGAUCAUGGAGUUGUGAAUCCGAAACGGUUCUUCAACCAGAUCAUAGUCAAGAUCAUUCGGCGUUUUCAGAAGGAUCGAAGAGUUUAUGGAUCCUCAGUUUGAUUUGAUUUUCUACGAUCGAUUCUUUGAUUGGGAAGUUAUGGCGGGUUCGUAUAUUGCAAGGAACACGGCCUUUUCGAUUCAAUUCCUAACUGGUAAGAGAGAAAUCUCUUCUGACGCUUCCAUCUUUUUCAGAAUUUGCUGAUUUCGAAGAGAAACUGCCCAAAGGAGCCCACGGAUCCGAUAACGGAGCAAUUCACGUGAGCGCACAGUCUUUUGGUUUUGUGAAUCUGUUGAUUUCAGAUAUUCCUUGCCGAUAAAAUAUUUCCGGGAUCGAUUUCGGUGGACGUCUGCAGAGAAGUGUACUACAAGGCAGUGAAUACACAUGAUGUGGGUGCAUACGUGGCAUGCAUUCGAGGGGUUUUUGGAUCUCGAACCGACUUUGGCAACAUCCGAAUAAUGAAAAAAGGAUAUGGAUGGUCGAGAGAUGAUUGGCUUACCAGUGGACUGUGGAGUCCCACAAGAGACUUUAUGUUGCACGGGUGGAAGAGUUCGCAUCUGAAAGAGCCACCAAUCGGAGUUCUCGAGUGAGUUGGUGAAGAAUGGCAAUGAAUAGUUCUGAAGACAAUCUCAGACCGAUUCCAAUGAAUUAUAAUGAAUGGUACAACCCUCUCGCGGGACCAAUUGUGAUCGGAAGAUGCUUCCCAGGGUGAGCCUCUGAGAUUGAGCAGAGACACUUCACGUGAACUUUUCCAGAAACACUACGUGGUCCUACAAUCCUCGUUUGCUCGGCGACAAACGAAAAAUAGAGGAGAGCUUGGCAGAAACCGCGAGACAAGUAGAAAGAGAGAAGGCGAAGUCAAUGGGAAGACUGAUGAACAUUCUGGAGAAAGAGUGA